AUGAGUGGAGACGUUGUGUUAGCAACCUCGCUUGUGUCUCCUAACCAUAAGAGAGCCGUGAAGAUUUUGUCAUUGCUGACUGCUGAUGGAGGGCUUGCGAAUACGAUUUUGUUUGAUAGAGAAGUCAACAUUUUACAAGGACUGUCUCAUCCACAUAUCAUCAAACAUACUAUAUCUGCCCGCUGUCCUGACUACUUGGCCAUCUGUACUCACUACUGUCCUAACGGAACACUGGCCUUUCAGCUAGACACCAUGAACCCAGAGUUGUGUGUCAAGUACUUCGUCCAGAUAGCGUGUGCUGUGCGUUAUCUCAAUGAUAAACUGAGAAUAGUACAUAGCGACAUCAAACCUGAUAAUAUUUUUAUCAACACCAAUAAUGACCCAGUUCUUGGAGAUUUUGGAUUAUCCUUUUUCAUUCCACCAGGCGACACUGUGGUCUCUACGAAAGACAUUCAUUCCACCAGGCGACACUGUAGUCUGUACGAAAGACAUUCAUUCCACCAGGCGACACUGUGGUCUCUGGACAUGUACUCGCUUGGUGUGACUCUCUGGUGCAUGAUGUUCUCGGCAGAACCAAUCUUAGGCUGGUGUCUGUAUACCACGAUGGAAUAUGACCCAUCAUUAAGAUAUUCAGCGGUAUCGAUACUGGCCGAACUUCACGAGCAUGAUGUUCACAGGGACAUCAUUGACAGCCUGUAA